GUUGUCAUCCUUCCUCCGGACGGAGCGUUCCAAACGCUAUUUCUUCCUCAAGCGUCGCAUCUGGAACAGUUCACCAAGGAUUGGAACUACGUCCUCAUUCGCCGCAAGAAUGCAGCUUUUUUGCCAGAAGCGUUUGCGAACGCACCGCCGGAGGACGGCUACUCCAUGCACCCGCAGUCACCUUUACUUUCAAAAUUUGGUUUUGGUGCAGAGCAUGCGCGGGCAGAUUGUUUGGUUUAUUUGCCCGCAUAUCGUGUCGCGUGCUGGGGUCUUUCCCCAAAGGAUGCGAAUGCGUUGGCGCAUGAAUUUGUCAUGCUCCUCGAGAACGCCGUGGCUCAAGAUGUCCAAGGAGGAUCGUCCCUGCAGAUGUACUGGAGAAUGUUUGAUGGGUUCAUUGUCCAAGAAGACGCGUUGCGUCGACACUAUCUACCGGUCAAUAGAAGCUUACAGAGCAUGGCCAGAAGCUUUUUGACGGUCAAGAACGCAGCUUCUUUUUUUGUUCACGGGCCAGGACGCUUUUUGUCGUCGCAAAGCUUUUGGGAGUUUGUGCGAACGUUCCCCGUCGACUUGCAGUGGGAGAUUUGCCUGGCGCUAGGCGAGAACAAACUUCUGGUUUGUGCUUUGCCCGUCGCCGUGGCAGAGCCAGGCGUGUCUGGCCACUUGGUGCAUCCACCGUUGGAGGAUGUGGAGCUUGCGCUCUUGUCUCUAAGCCUUCCGCUUCGACAACAGCUACUUCACUAUCUAGACUUGUGGGAUUUGGCUCGUGCUGUUUCAACGUGCGCGGAGUUGCAAGAUGUUAUCAUGAACAGCGACUCUUGGAAAUGUGACAGCACGCUUUAUCUACGAAGUUUGCCUUCGCAAAUAUUCUUUGCUGCGUCGCCGACGUACCACUUGAAUCCAACGGCGUACGCGAGUCUGCGCUCCGUGAAUCCACUGCAAGGUCACGCUUGCAUUGUCAUGUCGUGGGGUUGCCAGGUUGACGCACUUGUGAUCGGUGUCACGAACGCAUUCGUUUCCAGAAUGUCAGACGCGGAAGUUCAACACCUUUGCUCUUGUACAAUCACUGCUCCUUUUCAAACAGAAUGCAAAACCUGCAUUAGGUGGACGGCUUCUAAGCAACCGCCAAUAGACGUAUCAUGUCCUUUCCUGGUUGCAGAUCGAUGUGUGCGUGUCUUGGAUCUAGCUUGGCAGCAGCAUUCGCUCAGACUCAAGGUUGAUGGUCGAAUGGUGCGUUCUGUCGACAUUUCAUGUGUUGGCUUGCAGCGCGAUGCCUAUGUCUUCCUAUACUCUAUCGGAGAACAAGUGUGCAAGGACAACUUGCAGAUGGCCUUCGCAGAACGCCGACGUGAGCAUGUCAAUGACCUUGCAGGGGGCUCCGAUGCGUUGAAGCCGACAGAUCCUCUGUCGUGUUUGUCGCAGAGUCUCCAAAGGGAAGUCAUUAUCAACAUUGCCACGACACGCGAGCUGCUGUGCUUGCGAGCUUGCAGCAAAUCUGCGUCUGAACUUCUGCGAGAGGAUUCACUGCUGCGAGGCUCCGUAGUCGACUUGCGAGACGCAGGUGUUCGCUGGCUUAACGUUUGCAUGGAGUGGAAUGCAACCUAUUUCGCAGUCUUUCUCGACGAUGUCCCACUAUGCCACGUUGACACGUGGAACGAGUGGUUCUCCGUCUGCAACAUUUCUCGAUACAAAAAGAUUGCAAGCCCUGCGAAAGCAACAGCUUUGCAUACCUUCCAGUCCAGGUCCGAAGUGCAUGUAUCCGAACCAGAGUCUGACGAAUGGGACUACAAUGAGCAUGUGCUUCGCGCGAAGAAAGUCUUGGCCAGCACGGAGUUCUCCACUUUUCCAGCCACGCCAGUGCUGACAUGCACGCCUGUGAUUUUUGAUGUGGAGCAUCUCAAAGUACCUCCUAUCUUUGAUCAUCUCAGUAUCUUGCACAGUCAUGAGCGUGAUCAACAUUUGGUCUUCCAAGAGGAAGGGCAUCGCUACUAUUGGAAGAAUGAAAGUGUUAACAUUUCAGUAACUGGCUUGAUUCAUUUGCUUACUGGCGGAUUUAAAGAGCAAGACGUCAUCAGGAGCAUGCGUCAAGGGAGUAAUUGGCCUCGUGCUGCAUACGUGAAGCCGUAUGCAUCGCUGGAGCUUCUGCAGAUUCUGCAACAAAUUCCCGGCACGGAACAACUGGUCAGUUUGUUGCAACAGCUGCCGCAUGAUCGCGCUGCAGUUGCCAAUCUCGUUCGGUCCAUGAUUUAUUCCGAUGCCGUCUACAACGAACUGGCGGAUAUCGUUUCUAUGACUUCCUCAGAAAUAUGCCACCUUUGGGCGCAAGCACGCCGCGUUGGUGCGGCGCGAGGAACUUGGAUGCAUGCGCAGAUAGAAUGUCUGCUUAAUGGCGGCUGUGUCACUUCUUGCAGCUUGGAGGUAGCAAAGUUUUUGCGGUUUGUCGCUGAGGGCGGAUUCGGGAACAAUUCUGCGUUUCGCACCGAAUGGAAGAUAUACGCUUCUGAAGAAUCUCUUGCAGGCUCAAUAGAUUUUGUGGCACGUGCGCCCGAUGGCGCUCUGGUCUUGUUUGACUGGAAGCGUGCUAACAAGUUGUGUGAGAAGCACAACUCGUUCGGCAAGUUCAUGAAGUCGCCCAUGCACCAUGUCCCGGAUGCAUCGCUCUGGCAUUACCGACUGCAACUUAAUCUGUACAAAUUCAUCUUGGAGAGAUAUUACAACCUGCGUGUCGUUGGAAUGCAUAUCGUGUCUUUCCAUCCCGACAGUAGCACAUUUGUUGACAAGGUCCCGGACAUGCAAGCGGAGGCAAAUGCUAUCAUGACAUAUCAGCGAAACCGUUUGGCAAACCAAGCUGGUGAAAAAGAGAGAGAUUUCCGUGGAGGGGCAGCGGCGCCCAGUCAAGCCAGUGAGGCGGACUCCUUCACGCAACGCAUCGAGCAGGAGUUUGAGGAUGCACUUGUACCGUCACCUGAGUGUUGCAGGGUGGAUUCAAGUGGGCGGCGCGACCAUGUCGCCAAAAUUCUUGAGAUUGACGACGCAUUUUUGCUGAACGGUGUUGUUCCAGACCUUCCGCAGUCGCAACAAGGCAGUAUUCUCCAUGACAUCCAAGAAGUUCAAGAACUUGUUGCCGCGCAUUCUGACUCUUCCUCGUGGCCGGAGCCCCUCCAGCAUGUUGUGCAAGGAGCUAUCUCUGUGCAUCGCUUGCGUUUACUGGACAUCUCACGUCGAGAGGAAGUUCUUUUUCUUGAGCUUAUUGAGGGAAGUUCUCGACAUGUGCGAGCUCAUAACGGCCAGUGUUUCUUUCUGAGUGAACAUGGCCACUGGGCCGUGUACAACGGCGUUAUUCCUCAGGGUGUCCUUGCCAGAUGCAAAAAGUUUUUGCUCUUCCUUGAAGGUUUGUACAGACUCCUACCGACUGGAACACUGCGCACCCCGGACUCUAUCAUCCGAGCAGUAUCAGUCUUGUUGCAGGGUCGGAACGACAACGCAGAUUUCCUUCUUCAAGAAUGCGAAAGAGCUGCUAUUUGCGGUAAUCCUCACGCUGCGAAGCGCCGCAAAACAAGGGCGGACGUGGAAAAUGAAAACCGGGAUGAUUCAGAGGAUGAGAACAAGCCAUGGACACAGGCUGGAUUUUGCACUUUAGAUGCCUGCCUGGUCUUUGAGAAAGAGAAAGGCUUGCAGCAAUUGCAGAAGGCCGGCUCGAACAACAUAUACACUUUCCUGCCACACCGGCUGCUGGAUCCGGUGCCUGACGAUGUCAAGCAGCGAGUCCAACAUUUCUGGUACACAACUUAUUGGAACAAUGGAGAAGCCUUUGACUGUUUUAUGUCAGCACUAACUCUAGCUAUUCGAGGAGAAAACGUUGAUCGAGCCUUCUGGGGAAUUGGCUCUGGUGGGGUGGGGCAGAGCCUGCAGACCGCGCACUUGGAAGCAAUUCUCGGGAGUUUUCACGCGUGCUUGGACAUGAAUAUUUAUUAUUCUGACGAGGAGAUGCGCAAGCAGGCUGCGUCACUUCUAGGAAAACUUGUCGUUACUGGCCAGGAGUCGGUGCAAGGCAGCCGUAGAGGCAUGCGUGAGGACGUGUACAAGAAGCACAUGUCGGCAGACAAGCUUCCUGAAAGAUUGCCAUACGCAAUCGAGACACGACUUGUGGAGCUCCGUGGUUGGAAGCGGUUCGAGUUUAACAUGUUGCCGAGGUCACUUGCCUGCAAGUUAGUGGUCACACUGUUUUCUGAACUGUCGACCCACACCUUCAAGCAUGAACCUCACCAGCAAAGGUUCUUUGGCAUCAGCGAAGAGACUUUCAACUCCUUAUUUCGACGAUCGUUAGCUGUGCGCUACAAGGCUUUGUUCUUGGAGUUGAAGGACACAACGAACCAAGUGAAAGAGCCAGAGAAGAAAGGCAUUUUUCCUAAAGAUCCGACGUUGAAAGACUUUCUGCGAUCGAAACCUGCGUGUCUCGUCACUCUGAGAGCUGUGUGGAAUUACGCUUGCAGACACAGCGCCGCAGACUGCAGAAGCUGCCUGGAGGACUAUGUUGUCGGUAAGAAGGAUGAGGGUCUCACAGAAGCGUGUGUCCGGGAAGCGUGUGGACUCAAACCUCCUGACACGUCAGAAAACCGGGACAGUUCUCGGCUUCCCGGCUCGGUGACGAGCGAUCUACCUGAAACAGACGGCGCAGGCCAGGAAGUAGAUCCAGAAGUCUUACGGCUCUUACAACAACAGGCAGAUGAGAUUGAGGCUUGGAUGAUCGAUGUCAAUAAAGACUGGUGCACGCCUUCCCAGAUAAAAACGGUCAAGGGCAAACAUUUUUGGAAAGCGUUUAGUCGUCAAGAUGCAGAGAACAUUCUCAAAGCGCUGGCUGACAACAAGCUCAUGCUCCAAAGCACUUUGACUCUUCAAAAACAAGGUCUUACCGAGAUCUUUGCGCCGCAAAUCCACACAGAGAAGUCCAUGAAGGAGGUGGUCAAUAUGGAUCAUCACAGCUGCACAGUUUUCCCAGAAGUUUACGACUGUGAGGCAUUGCGCCAACACAUGCUCGAACACAAAGGACGUCUUGCAAAUGACAAAGUUUUGCUGCAAGCCCAUAAAAAAAGGUUGAACGACUUGAAGAAAAGCAAAGCCAGCGGUGCAGGUGCACCUACAAAAGUACAACGUACAGUCCAGGAGAAUCAAGAAAACAUGAUACAGACAAUGGGCGCCCGCCUUCGCAUGGAGCAACAACUUUUCGAUGACAUGCAGAAGUGUGUGGAACAAGAUGUGGAACUAUUAGAGAUGGUUAUGCAGCGUACCUAUUCGUACAAGCUUCAACACCGCUGUCGGCGCAUGGUGGAUGGGUUCGGCGCGCAAAGUUUCUCAAGGGUUUUUCGCAAUAUUGUUUGCAAGAACACACGGGAUUUCGAUUUCCACGCAAGCAUGUUCACCAUCGUGGUUCAGAUGGUUGACAAACUCGGCGUGGCCUAUCAUAAAACACUGAAAGACUUAGCAGCUUGGCGUGCUGUGGCUAAGACUAGAGAGAAGGUUUGCGCAGAGAUCCUGCAGUGCAGCCAGACCAGAGGAAAAGCUCUUCUUCUUCAGGUAGCUUGCGGUCGAGCUCUGUCCUCAGCCGAUGAUAUUUGCGAGACUGGUCAGAAAUUUUUGCAUGAUCUAUCUAAAGAAAGCCGCUGCUUGCGUUGGCUUGCUCGGAGUCAGUGUCCAGAUCUUUACCUGAGCGCGAAAGAUGGUGCUGCCGCUCUAAAGCAAAGCAGUUGGCCAGAAGCAACGGUCUUUGCUUAUUGGUGGAACGCUGCAGAAGACCUUUGUCUGAGCAGCAUCUUGGAUCUAGUUGCAGAUGUUGAGGUGUCGCGCAAGCACAUUUCCUUACACUUCGAUGGUGUUCUACUGUCGACUGAGAUUGUGCAGGCUGUCCAAGAAAAAAACGACAUGAAAAGCUUUCCUCUUGUAGCAGAAGCCGCAAUUUUCGAACGCACUGGCUUUCAGAUCACCAUUACUGAAAAGCGUUUCAGGUCACUGGCGCAAAGGUUGUCGGAGUUAGAAGGCACGUCUCUGCGUGUGGACGCUGCUGAUGAGACAAUGUUGACGCUACUCUCAUCGCCUGGUAACUGCAUACCUUUCGCGUACGCCUGUGUGACACAAGCCUGGCGUUUUGUGGAGGAGGCAUUGCGGACAGUCAACCAAGCGAACACUCGCGCAGAGCAAGGUGGCUACAGAUGCUACAAGGACUGGACAAAAUGCAAUCAGCGCUUCCUUCGGCCAUGCUUUACGCUGCCUUCACUGCCAGGAACGGAUUUUCUUGUGCACGCUAACGUUGGCAGUGCCCCGCAAUGCUUUGGUGCGAAAGUCCUACCAGAUAAGCAACUUCAAGUCUUCCACGAGCGCAAAGUGUACAUGAUGCCUGCUCCUGCCUUGCAGGAAAUUCUUGAUGAGUCUUGCGAAGCAUGCAGCAUUGUCUUUUUCUGUGUCCAAAGUACGGAGCCAACAGCAGUUGCUGGAGAGCAGCAGCUGCUGGAUCUUGUCGCAGGCGCCAGUUCGAAGGAUCGGAUGGAUUCUCAAGCUGGAGCUUCAGGGGCCGGUAGCGAAGCGACCGAAGCCGACGUUCAGGUUGGAAUGCAUCUACGAGAGCUCCUCAAAGAUGAAGUCAAGAACCUCAUUGCGAAAGUUCAACAGAACAAAGGAUCAAGCUUCGGGUCGCAGGUCUGCCCUUUAUGCCCAUGGCGACGCUUCGAUAAAAGAAGUUAUUUGCUGACACAUCUCACAAAACAUCACAGCGAAAGCAAGCGCUUCGUGGCAUCCGGUACGAAGCAGCUUCGCAUUAUUGCUGCCAUGUACGAUGACGAUGCUGCGCGCAAGGCUGUUCAUGGUAACUAUAUUCAACGUGCAGCCGAGCUUCUCAGGUGUCAAGUCAAGCCUGGUUGUUCUUCGAAAAGAAACAUUAUCGACAAGGAGAUACGUAUGUGCUUGAGCGCGAAGGGUCCAUACUUUAUGUCCUUGUCGAAAAUCAAGGCAGCGAAGGAUUUGCGACGCGUUGGCAAUGUAUAUUACAACCAAGGAUUUGCGAAUGAAUUUAUGUGCAACGCCGUGGCCAGCCGCGCGUCCUUUCGACAGAUUGCAGCAGCUUUCACAUCCUCUUCUGCGCGCGACCACGGGGCAUUGUGUUCUAUGUUGCCAGAAGCAAGCCAUUCAUUCUGGUGCAACGUGUUGGAGGACAUAGUCCAAUCACCACAGAUCAAAUCCAGAGUUCAAACGCUUUUACAAGAAUGCGAAGAUCAUACGGAGUUCCAGUACUUGAGCAUUGACGCGCAUUUCAACAGCAGUCAAGACGUGCGUGACGCUGCAGCCAUUACAGAUUCCGAAGCUGCCUACAAACUUCUAACGGUUCGCGGACGAACGAAUGCUGUAGUCGGCCUGUGCGGCGUUCGAUCAGAAGGCUCCCCAGUGAUUUCGACUGCCUUAGCCAGUCUAUUGUCACCGUCCCAACGAGCGCAAGUUAUUCACAUUGCUUCCGAUGCACCGAGCGUCGAGCUUUUAGCGACACUCAAGAAUACGUUUUCGAAUCUACAAUCCCUUGGUUUGGAUGCGAUGCAUAUCGUGAUGGUUUACGAGCAGAACUUCAGCAACAAGAAAACCACAGGCAGCAGAUGGUUAGCUACCGUGAUGAAUAAGUUUCGCAAUAUACAGGCAGGAUGCCCGGCAGCUGCCUGGGGACCUAUGUACACUGGACAGCAGAAGCCUUCUUACACAGCUGAAGAAAAGAGACUGUCGGCGUUGAUUUCUGACGCAAGUAUGCCUGAGGCUGAAGCAGUACACGUGCUGCAGAACUUGGACCCCGACAGUCCUUGGCGAACAGAAGCACAAUUCCUGGAAGCCAUGGCUGCUAUAUGUGCUUUGUUUCAGGACGAACUCACAAAAACCACUUUCUCGGGCCCAACGUUACAUCGUCUUCUGAUUAAUCUUACAUCUCCAGUGAAAAUCCAGUGGCUCUUCAACGACACCCGAUAUCGGCAUGUCUGUUUGCCUUCUCAGACACCGUUGCUGCCUAGCGGUACGACAUCUAAUGAGACGCCACAAGACCCGUGUGCCAACAGCAUGCCAGUAAG